AUGGCUACCCUCACCCAGGAUGAUAUCGAGAAACUCUUCUCCGGAGCGCCGCAGUACUUUGCCCGCUCGGAAGGCCACUACACAGGUGCGCCGCACCCCUCUGUUGCCUUUCCCUGGGACGAAGCCCUGGAGAUCCGGGACCUGCGCGACCAUGUCCAGAUCGAGGACUCCUCCUGGAGCUGUGUCACUGCCUGGCCUCACGUCACCCGGGACGCAAGUCGUAGCGCGGCCGCCUGUCUCAAAGAGAAGAAACGACCUCACUUUUACCCUCGGUGCCGUGAGAGGCCUAAUAUGCUGAGCAUGGAGGGCUUGGAGAAAGGCACCAUGGGAUACCAGGCGGCUCUAGAGCUAGCCGUCUCUGAUGCUCUACAGGAGGAAGAAAAGCUGAACGUGGAUGAGGACAGCGGCGCUUCCAGGGCCAGACUCAUAUUCGAGAAACGCCAGAAGAUGCUGAACUCCAAGGAUGGCCUCCGUCCCCUGGAGGAAGCGGCCAUAUUAGACCAGCUCAUCAAGAACUAUGACCGGUAUACGUCCAACCGAAUCAACAAGAGCAUCUCGAGCACCUUGUACAACGAGCUGUUUCUCGGCAUCCUGCACCCGCCCACCCGUGUCGUGGACCACCAGGAUCCAUACAGUCUCACCGUCCAAAUUCAGGCUCUGCUCAAGGUGCUGGCGACACCGCACCUGUGGCUGGACUUCUCUCAAGUCGAGUGGAGAAUUCGGUUAGGCCAGAUCCUCUUGGGCUCCUACCAUAGAGACUUACACGACAUGGAUCCUCGCAUUGAUGAGAUGGAGGGUGAGGAUUGGGGGAAGGAGGAGAGGUAUUGGCUGUUGUUUCAGAUCCUGUUGGCCUGCGAGCUUCUCAUCCGCCUGGACGCUAUCACCGAGGGGGAAGAGCUCGGCAUGGAGUCUAUCAGGCCCGCCGAGAUCCGCCGCUUCGAGCGGGACGCUACGCCCUCUGUGAGGUGGUCUAUGCACCUUGCGCGAGCUUGGCUCGAGAAUAUCCAAGUGGUUGAGACCGAGGUUGAUCUAGCUGCUCCGAGCCCGGAGCGGAAUCACCUGAGCGGCUGGCUGGCAUCUCUUGCGGGUAGAAUGGCCCCGAAACAUGGUCAACCUCACCAGCCCCAGACCGAGAAGGUGACCGUGUAUACGAUACAAGGCCGCCAUCCGCAGCGGCAGGUUGAUGGUCUCACCCACUUCGCGAGAAAGCUACGUUGGCCGGAAGUAGAAAAGUAUGCAGCGCGCAUAUCGGACAAUGUCGACAAAGCAUCCAAAGCGACCCCGAUCAACACGCCGGUCGACGACUCGCCGCAGAGCCCCGAGGGGAAGGACUCGUCAUACUUUGUAGGCUCGCGUGCUGAAGCAGACGUGACGACGCAGCCGUCCAGGCGACGCAAGAUUACUGCCGCGCUCCACCCUCGGGGUUGGCUCUCCAAGUCUUACUUAUCCGGCCUGGUGCUGCCAGGAGAAGGGUUGCAACACUUUAUCAUGUCCACGUUGCUUGAAAACGACAAUGACGCCAUGGAGAAGCUCGGUCCUAUGGCCAACCUCUGUGGAGGGUUCAUCUACUGCGGCAAGAGCUUCUGGAGCACCGCUUGUGUCGUUGGCCGCGUCCUAGCUGCGGGUAAGGGCUCUGCAGAAUGUAUGGGCUGGAUCUCUAGCGACAUCAUCCCCCAGGGGCAUAAAGACGGUUGGGUGGAUAUCAUAGUAGAUGAACUCCCAGAGGACGCAAACAAAACCGGCACGAAAGCGAGGCUCUGGGCCAAGACAGAGAUUGAAAAGGAAUCGGAUGUCCUCGGCGAUGCUGACCCCUUGUCCGUGCUACCAGGCGACUUCAUCAUCCCAUUCGAAAACAUCUAUAGCCAACCGCUCCCUAGCCUCGAUAUCAAGGUCCAAUCUCUGAAUCUUUUUGCUCCCGUCGACUCGGUUCAUACUACACCGACGGAUAAACAUGCGCCAACACCCUUCUCCGACGUUAGUCGCGUGUCGCAGACCCAUACCUACCCGUCCUCCAUUUCGUUUUCGGUCGCCAGCUCAGCAGGAGAAACCCAGGAAUACACCUUUGCCCUCUCUAACGAUGUGUAUUUUGUCACGGCUUAUCCAUGCGCUCCAUCUGCGCAUGUCAGGGUCAUCAAGUCGCCUUCGAGCCCGACGAUUCAACAAAUUAAUCUGACUGGAAUCGACGUUGCUGGCCAGGCCUCCUGCUCAGCCACCAUCACUGGCCACCCACUGCACAAAUCAUUUACAUAUACCGUCAUUCAUCUAUCGGAACUUCUUCAGAAGCAAGCUACAUCCACACUGGAUGAUCUGCUUACGGCUACCGACCCUGCAGUUCGACGGCCUUCCAUGACACCUGCGUCCAAUCUCAACGCGCUUCCCCGCGUUCUAGUUAUUGACUGCAUCACGGGUCUUAAGAUGCCUCCCCAGUCUGCACACGACGCACCAUUGUCACCGAGCUCCCCCGUCGUGGAGCGCCACGAUAGUCUCUGUAUAGCAACUGCUAACUUACACCUCGAGUCGCGACGGAGACAAUUCGGCAGCGACAUGGAGAUCCUCGUGCGUGCUCUUUGUGCCGAGAAGGGCUGGAAUGCUAUUAUUUCCAGGCGCCGGCGAGGCUGCCUCGCUUGCGCGAUUCGUGAGGCCGGCGCAUUGGGAUGGAAGGUCAUUAUACGGGUUGAUUAG